AUGGCACCAGCUGCCCCUUAUUACCCGAGCGAGAGGGGCUGGGGAACCGGCCGGAGAGCACCUCUCUCAGCCGGCCACACCUGUGGCCAUGUGAGGGGCGUCCGCGGCGAGGGAGGGCCGGUGCGGGCCUCCUCUGGGAAACUCCACUCCUCCAACGAACCCCUGGCCCCUCACCCAGGCCCCGGGCUAGAGGCUCCUCCGGAAGAAGGGCAGGGACGGUACUCACGGAAGGAGGCGGGCCGCAGGGAGCAGGGACCAAGUCCACAGGUCGGCCGCCUAGAGCCGGCGCAGGCCCGCCUGCUGCCCGCCGGCCGCCCGCGCGCCUCGCGCCUCUGCCGCCCCCCGCGCGCGCCCUGCCGCCCGCGCUCCCGGGGUAGCGCGCAGUCCUCGCACGCAGGCCGGGGCCCCGCGCUUGCCGUACCCUUGCUGGGAGCGCCCGCCGCCGGGCGGCCCUGCGCCUCGGCCGCCGCGUCCCCCCGCGCCCGCUCCAGGCCCGGCGUCGCUGGCCGCGGCCUGCGCUUGCGCCCCCCUCCCCCCCACCCGCUCGGGCUGGCUCUCCUCAGCCGCCGUAACCGAGGCCCGGCCCUCCGGCGCGGCUCUCCCCCCCCCCCCCCGCCAAGCACCGCGGGGGACCCAGGCACCGCCCUCGCAGCGCGCAGGACCUGGGGUGUCCGCAGCGGUGCCUGGCAGAAAAGCUGCUUUGGGCGGCGCUGUCCGCCGCGCUGGGUUCCGCGUGGGCCGGAUGGCGAGGCCACAAUAGCCAAAAGGGCACGGCGGCUACGGGAAGGUGAUCGCGACCGGUGCCGUGGGAGCCGGCGCCCGGGCUCAAAGGCGGCUGCUGUGGGCAACUCAAGGAAGGGCGCCGCGUUCCCACGCGUCAUGAGGGGCGGAGCCAGCAGCGCGCUGUCCGGGACCCGCGCCACGCCGGCGCGAGCGGGGUGGUCUGGGUGGGUCUGUAUUGUCCAGUUGCUAGCGGUCACCGGGCUGGGCCACUGCUGGUGUUUUUGCGACAGGGGUCAGUUAGGAGAACAUUGUCGUGACCUGUUUGUUUUUUAUUGGUGUGAUCUAGGGUAAAGUUCUGAGCGGCCCGAUUUUUCGCGCCUUUUUGUCUGCUAAAACUGUCCCUGAAGUUACUCUAAAGGGCAUUAGUCAUAAGAGAUGGUGCAUUGAUAAGCAAGUUUGUCACAAUUAUCUGUGAUCCCACGUGAAGGGAAUUGACUAAUUAGAGUAGCUUUCAAUGAAUAAUCUGGAAGAGUAAAGUAUCUGAGGGAAAUAGAAAGCCUGGCUUUUGCCCGAGUGCCGAAACAAGUUGAUGGAGGAUACAGAUUCGGAUAUAAGUGGAUAAUCCAAGAACUGCCGCUCUGGGAAGGUCACUUGUGAACAAGUCUGUAGGAGUAUGCCAAGCUGUUGGGACUGCCCAGAAUUGAUAUUUCUUUGUCGUGGAGGGAUACUGUUUGUUUGUUUUGUUUCCUGUAAAGAACAGCGAGGCUGAACAUGAUGGUUUUAAUUUUUCAGAUCUUGAAACCGGGGAGUUGAAAGCCAGCAGGAGCAGUAGGGCAUUUGAAUAUCGUUUAUUUUACUUGAGAAAGCUACUUCCCAUUCUUUCUUUGAGUUUUGGCAACAAAAGUAAUUUUUCCCCUUUGUAAUGACUUAAUAAAGUCUUUUUUGCAAACUA